AUGGUCGCCAUCUGCAUCCGAUCUCUCCUUUGCGUUCUCGGAAUUGCCUCCCUGAGCGCAUCAGCUGCAGUCGAACUCCCUAAGAAUGUCCCCAAACCCGCGGAGCAACACGACGCAUGGACCAGUACCGAGUACUGCACGGACUACUACACUGUUAGCGACGGGGAUACCUGCUGGGAUAUCAUUUCACGGAACCAGAAUCGGUUCACCAUGAGUCAGCUGAUGUGCUGGAACACCGAUAUCAAUCCGUGGUGUUCCAAUCUCAUUCCUGGCCGACAGGUUUGCGUCGGUGUUCAGCGCCCUGGACCCGUUUGCUAG